CAGGACUUCAGCACAGUUGGACAGGGGUGGGCAGGGAGAGGUAGGGGCACUCAGAGAUCCAGCAGGUGCUACACCAUGAGUGUCUCUGUGCUGAGCCCCAGCAGACUCCUGGGUGGUGUCUCUGGGAUCCUCCAAGUGGCCUCCCUGCUCAUUCUGCUUCUGCUGCUGAUCAAGGCUGCUCAGCUCUACCUGCACAGGCAGUGGCUGCUCAAAGCCUUCCAGCAGUUCCCGUGCCCUCCCUCCCACUGGCUCUUCGGGCACAAACAGGAGUUCCAACAGGACCAGGAGCUACAAAGGAUUCGGAAAUGGGUGGAGAUGUUCCCAAGUGCCUGUCCUCUUUGGCUAUGGGGAGGCAAAGCUCGUGUCCAGCUCCAUGACCCUGACUAUAUGAAGGUGAUUCUGGGGAGAUCAGACCCGAAAUCCCAAGAUCCCUACAGAUUCCUGGCUCCAUGGAUUGGGUAUGGCUUGCUCCUGUUGAAUGGGCAGACAUGGUUCCAGCACCGACGGAUGCUGACCCCAGCCUUCCACUAUGACAUCCUGAAGCCCUACGUGGGGCUCAUGGCAGACUCUGUACGAGUGAUGCUGGACAAAUGGGAAAAGCUCCUUGGCCAGGAUUCCCCUCUGGAGGUCUUUCAGCACGUCUCCUUGAUGACCCUGGACACCAUCAUGAAGUGUGCCUUCAGCCACCAGGGCAGCAUCCAGGUGGACAGGGAUUCUCAGUCCUACAUCCAGGCCAUUAGUGACCUGAACAACCUGUCUUUUUCCCGAGCACGGAAUGCCUUUCACCAGAAUGACACCAUCUACAGCCUGACCUCUACUGGCCGCUGGACACACCGCGCCUGCCAGCUCGCCCAUCAGCACACAGACCAAGUGAUCCAACUGAGGAAGGCUCAACUACAGAAGGAGGGGGAGCUGGAGAAGGUCAAGAGGAAGAAGCACUUGGAUUUCCUGGACAUCCUCCUUUUGGCCAAAAUGGAGAAUGGGAGCAUCUUGUCAGACAAGGACCUCCGUGCUGAAGUGGACACGUUCAUGUUCGAGGGCCACGACACCACAGCCAGUGGGAUCUCCUGGAUUCUGUAUGCUCUGGCCACACACCCCAAGCAUCAGGAGAGGUGCCGGGAAGAGAUCCAUGGCCUCCUGGGUGAUGGAGCCUCCAUCACCUGGAACCACCUGGACCAGAUGCCCUACACCACCAUGUGCAUUAAGGAGGCACUGAGACUCUACCCACCGGUGCCAGGCAUUGGCAGAGAGCUCAGCACUCCCGUCACUUUCCCUGAUGGGCGCUCCUUGCCCAAAGGUAUCACGGUCAUGCUCUCCAUUUAUGGCCUUCACCACAACCCAAAAGUGUGGCCCAACCCAGAGGUGUUUGACCCUUCCCGUUUUGCACCGGGUUCUGCUCAACACAGCCACGCUUUCCUGCCCUUCUCUGGAGGAUCAAGAUGACCUGCAAGUCCUACCUUUCAAGGCACAUAAGGGAGAGGUUAAGGUAGCCCUUUGAAGAAAGUUUUACAACAGUGUGUGUCAUAUCAUACAUUUUUCUGUCUUGCCCAAUGAAAUUUUUACCGUAUUA